AGCGUCCCAGCCCUUGAAAGAUGAGCUGUUCCCGACACUCAGCUCCCUCAGCUCCAGCUCCUGGGGCUCCUCUGAGAGGUGGAGACUGUGGGGAGGACAGGCAGCCUGCUGGGUGAGGAGGCUCAGAACUGACCGCACAACUGGCUCCAGACCAGACACAGAGAAAAGCCUCAACCACACCCCACUCCAAGUCCAGAUGCCUUCAAGCUGGAAGAAGCUAAUGCUCCUGUCUCUGUAUGAAGAACCUGCACCCACCGAAGCCUCCCUCAGCUCUGCAAUGUUCAACAUCACCUCGCAAGUGUCAGCUCUGAACGCAACCCUUGCCCAGGGCAACAGCUGCCUUGACGCUGAGUGGUGGAGCUGGCUCAACACCAUCCAGGCACCGUUCUUGUGGGUCCUGUUUGUGCUGGCAGUGCUGGAGAACAUCUUCGUCCUCAGUGUCUUCUUCCUGCACAAGAGCAGCUGCACAGUGGCAGAGAUCUACCUGGGGAACCUGGCGGUGGCCGACCUCAUCUUGGCCUUCGGGCUGCCCUUCUGGGCCAUCACCAUCGCCAACAACUUUGACUGGCUCUUCGGGGAGGUCCUGUGCCGCAUGGUGAACACCAUGAUCCAAAUGAACAUGUACAGCAGCAUCUGCUUCCUGAUGCUGGUGAGCAUUGACCGCUACCUGGCCCUCGUGAAGACCAUGUCCAUGGGCCGGAUGCGCGGGGUGCGCUGGGCCAAACUCUACAGCCUGGUGAUCUGGGGCUGCGCACUGCUCCUGAGCUCACCCAUGCUGGUGUUCCGGACCAUGAAGGACUACAGAGAUGAGGGCCACAAUGUCACCGCGUGCCUCAUCAUCUACCCGUCGCUCACCUGGCAGGUGUUCACCAAUGUCCUCCUGAACCUGGUGGGCUUCCUGCUCCCCCUCAGCAUCAUCACCUUUUGCACAGUGCAGAUCAUGCAGGUGCUUCGCAACAACGAGAUGCAGAAGUUCAAGGAGAUCCAGACGGAACGGAGGGCCACCGUGCUGGUUCUGGCUGUGCUGCUGCUGUUUGUUGUGUGCUGGCUGCCCUUCCAGAUCGGCACCUUCCUGGACACACUGAGGCUCCUCGGCUUCCUCCCCGGCUGCUGGGAGCAUGUCAUCGACCUCAUCACGCAGAUCAGCUCCUACCUGGCCUACAGCAACAGCUGCCUCAACCCGCUGGUGUAUGUGAUCGUGGGCAAGCGCUUCCGGAAGAAGUCCCGCGAGGUGUACCACGGGCUGUGCAGGAGCGGGGGCUGUGUGUCCGAACCUGCCCAGUCAGAGAACUCCAUGGGAACGCUGCGCACGUCCAUCUCGGUGGACCGGCAGAUCCACAAACUGCAGGACUGGGCGAGGAGUAGCAGCGAGGGGACGCCACCAGGGCUGCUGUGAAUGUGUCCGAGGACAGGCACACACAGUUGCUCUUCAGCAUGGGUCCAGCAGGGAGCAGAGGACAUCUCACGUGACCGUGAGCAGUGAGUCAGCAUCUUCAGGAAAAGCCAGGAGGGUGAUUCCUGCCCUCCCCAUUGCAUGGGCAGAUCUGUGACAACAGCAAGUGGAGCCCCGUGAGGGCUCCCCCGGGGACAACGGCGUUAGUCUUAUUGCUGCCACACCUGUUCCUUCCUAAAAGUGGAGGGGCAGGGGCAGGAAAGACUGCAGGCCGUGCUGUCCUCCCUGCCCUGGUGUGACCGCUCAGAUCUCAGACCCGCCACCCAACAGGACCUGGUAGAAUCUUUGUCCUGGUGUUCAUGAACCCAUGCAGCUCAGAAUUCAGAGGGUGAUUUCUCAGUUCAACUCUGAGGGGUCCCUGAUAGGAACCCAGAGACCAGGAUUCCGCGGCUCCUCUUCUCCAUGCAAAAAGAACCCCGCAGGCACUCUCUGGGCACUUCCUGUGUAUGCAGCUGGGCACUGGGGGAGAUAACGCAGUCUCGAUCUCGAAGGAAGCCAGAAGCUCUGUGGGUAGGGGAGGCCUGUGGGCAGGCAGGCACCAGCAGGUUGUCUGUCCUUCUGUGCUCAAGCCACACUGUAGCGGGUACAGUAGCCCGGGUUCUUACUCAGCCAGAACUAGGUGCACAACACCCUUGCCUCUGCCUCAGUUUCCCCUGUGUAACAUGAGGUUGCGGGACCGUUAAAGGUGGUAAUGGGCACAAAAGGACUUUGAGAAGUGAAAGGUGUUAUGCACGUGUGAGGCAUCCUGAUGCUCACGGAAUGGGAAUAAAUAAUUAUAAGGAAAAGACA